AUGGCAUCCAGCGAGACAAAGCAGUAUGGGGAGUGGACUGAUGAUCCCCAUUAUACGACAGACUGCCACUACACCGACGUCCGCGAAGAACUCACCCGCUGGCUCCGAGGCGACCACGACGGUUGGAACAACUGGCUGGUCUACACGCGGCUUGAACACACUGAUCCUCCGACCCUCAUCAACUUCGCCUACAUCCACGCAAGCUCCGGCCCCGAAGUCGAACAGUUCGUCGAACGCAUCUGCCAGCUCGUCGAAACCGGCGCCAUCACCAAAGAUGUAUCUGAAGCUGUCAGCGGUGCUUGCUAUGUCUGCAAUGCUCAGUCUAGCAAUAGCCUGUCCACCUUUGUCACCGACGUCGCCGCCGCGGACUCCACUCCGCCCGUCGCCGACCCUGUUCUGGGGCUCGCUGCCAGCGCGUCCGACACCAAGUUCUGCACCAACCGGAAGGAGGGCAUCCAGGCGGGCGACUGCUCCAAGACGAAGGGAUUCGGGUACGCCAGCGCCCACAACUGCGGCGGCGGCAAUCAUUAUUCUUGCAAGCGCGGUGGCAAUGUUGAGUGCCUUACUCUCAAGGCCGCCAAGAAGCAGGGUCUCGAGGGUGGAUACUGCUACACUGAAUAG